CAUUAUUCCUGUUUCGAAUCGGAAUCCAAUAAGAGGUUUUAUUACUGUAAUUAUAAACUACUCGACGGCUCUUCAAUAUCGAGCACACCUAUUCUAAUUACUACCAUGUACGGCACAGUCAAUAUAGGUUUUAAACAAUUGUCAAACAGUAUUUAACCGUGCAUUGUAUCGGAAAGACUUGGUAUAAGUGAUAUUAGAGGAAACAACUCGGAAAGAUGGCGGAAGGUGGCAGCUGGCAUGAUAAGUCAGAUCAUGAACGCAUCCCCUGUGUCAGUGGCCUUUUGAGUCGUCACUCUCAAAUGGCGGAAGGUGAUCCAUGGCGAGAUACGGCGGAGCAUGGAGGUAUCCCACGUAAAAGCGGCCUUUACAGUCGUCACUCUAUAGUUCAGUGUGAAAAUGCCUCACUAGAGAUGUGCACUCUGAUGAACUGUCUCGGUUAUGGGCCUCCCAUCAGACAGGCACGGAGAGAUGCCUACAGGGACAGUGAUAGGCUGCUGAAUGCUCGAGGGACUGAUAUCGUAACGCAGAUCACUACUGGUAGCAAGGCAGAGGGGCUGACAUGCGUGUUUGAAAGUGACUGUGAUAUGAUGUUUGUUGUAGAAGGCAUCAUGUGUUUAGAAAAUGGUGUUGAUUCUGACAAAUUACCAAGGGAGACUACUGUGUUUACAUUAAACACCGGCGUGUGCUACCACGGACACUCUAGGCUUAAUUUACUCGAGCGACGUGGCGACAUUAUUCCAUCAAUAAUCUGUGAUGCUCUGUGUGAAGAUGAAAAUGGGCGUGUCCUCCUGAGCAGUGCUUUAUUUGUUGAUGUUUUUAAAGACAGAACAUCUGCGCCAAAUGAGAUUCGCCAUGAACGUGCAGGGCCAUCAAUGCCGAGUUCAUCAGGGCCAUUUCAUACAGACAAUGUCUUAUCUUUACGCUGCCAUUGUCCUGUCAUACUAUCGAGAUGGGCAGAGCGAACUCGCCAUUGGCCAUCACCGGAUAUCGUUCGCAAAGUCGUAACUAUGGGAUCAUUUGUAACACCUGUUGGUUUUAAGGGUAGUGAAUAUCAUCAUGUAGAAUGGAGGAUUUGUUUUAAUACUGGGGAGAAUGAACUUAUGAGCAGUCUUAAUAACACCCAGGUCUACAUUUAUGUUUUAUUGAAAAUGGUUGUUAAGGAUGUGUUAAAGCCAGUAAAGAAAGAAAUUACAUCAUACACAGUGAAAAACAUUGUAUUGUGGCUUGCGGAAAACAAUCCACAGGCACAGUUCAAUGAAAGCAGUUUGUUUUAUUGGCUUCGGGAAGGAUUGGAGAAAUUAAGAACGGCAAUAUUAAAGAUCGAACUGCCAUAUUAUAUGAUACCAGAAAGGAAUCUAAUGGCAGCAUGCGGACUGGAUGAAGGACAAAAAUGUACAUGGGUAAAUACUAUCACGGACAUGAUGAACGAAGGUUCAAAUGCAUUACUAAGAUUGCCGAGGAUACGGAAGGCAAUAAUAUCGCAUCCAGAGCCACUAAUGUGGUAUAACAAGAAGAGAGUUGAGAUGGAACUGCUACACUUGAAGCUCUGGAACAGACACAAGCAGUGCAAGGAUGAGAAUGGUGUGGUCAAUAGACAGGAUCCUAUGCUGCAGGCGAUAUCGAGUCGUAUAGUUGAGUUAGUGAAAGAGGUCCAUACGAGGAUGAAUAGGGAAGGAAGUCGUUUGAAUGAUCUGAUAGAGAUACUAGAUAUGAUGCUUAUGUAAUUGUGUUGUAAAUGCCAGUUAUUCCAUGCAAUGCAUAUUUCCAACAAUGCACUACAGAACGUAGUUAAUUUAGGGCGUCUAAACAUAACAUAUAUAUUCGAGGGCUGAACUGAACGUUCGAACGUGUAUUAUUGGAUUGUUAUGUUUUGUUUGUUAACUUAAAAAACGGUCCGUACACUUAUGUGUUCACAGUCAUUACGUACCGAGUAAAUGUAUAAAUCGGUAACUUUAUAAAUUCAUGCUUUAUUUCAGAUCAACUUUGUUAAUAAUAUCUAUUAAUUGUCACCCAAUCUUAUUUGGAGUGCUCUGAUUUAAUCCAACAAAUGUGCAUACUUAUAGAAUCUCUGUCAUACAUUGUUUUUUGUUGUAGGCACAUUUGUUUGACAUGCGUUUAUAUGUUGUGCUCCUUUUUCCGUUCACAAUAGUCCUUGAUGAUGUAACAGAGAAAUUUGGUGCGUAUGACCGUUUAAACAUUAAGCUAUACAUAUUAAUAUGCAUAUGUAAUAUGGAUCGUAAAAUGCAGAGUAUCAAAAAUGAAUGUGUGUUAGUUGAUAUAAAUUACAUCUUAAUACAUUAUUAACGACA